AUGGGCUCUUACACUGCUGCUCAUUCCAAUCCCCAAGGCGCCGGAGACGCUCGACCAACCUCUCUCCAAAUAAUCCACGAUGAGUCCCUAGAAGGAAAACUAUCCAACAAAAUCAUUGUCAUUACAGGAUCGACAUCCGGCAUUGGCAUCGAGACCGCAAGAGCGCUAAAAGCAACAGGCGCGACCUUGUUCCUGGCAGCCCGCGACACAGCACAAGCCGAGAAAGCCCUGGCUGGAAUCCUUGAGCCUGGCCGCGUCGACUUCGUCAAGAUGGACAUUUCCUCCUUUUCCAGUAUUCGCACAGCAUCAGCAGAGAUCCUAUCUAGAUCUCACAACCAAGUCAACAUACUAGUCAACAAUGCCGGAAUAAUGGGUGUCAAGGAUCUAGAGCUCACGGAAGAUGGACAUGAGAUACACUUUGCAACCAACUAUCUGGGACAUUUCCUUCUUUUCCAGCUACUCAAGCCUGCUUUGCUUACUAGUUCGACGGCUGAGUUUCACUCCCGGGUUGUCAAUGUUGCCUCGUCAGCACAUCGGGCUUGUCAGCUGAAUGAGAGCGAUAACUACAAUUUUGAGAAAGGCGGAUAUAUUUAUGGAGUUGCUUAUGCGAAUUCCAAACUGGCUAGUGUGUACAUGGCCAAUGAGAUAGAUCGUCAAUAUGGUCAUCUGGGCCUUCACGCGACAAGUCUUCAUCCUGGUGCAAUAAAUACCAAUUUGGCAAGGCAUGUGGGAAAGGAGUGUGUGGAUCAACUUAUGAGUGAUGAGAAAAUUCUCAAUAUUAUGAAGAGUCCCGAAAAGGGAGCUGCUACGACUGUUCUUGCUGCGGUUGGAAAGGAGUGGGAAGGUAAGGGUGGGAAGUACCUUGAGGAUUGUGAGGAAGCAGAGCGUGGAGUGGAUGAUAAUGAGACUUUCGGAGUUGGGUAUGUUCGACAGACAUAUGAUCCAGAGAAUGAGAGACGACUUUGGAAGGAUUCUCUUCGAUUGGUGGGGAUCGACUAUGAAUGA